AUGACGAUCUGUUCAGGAUGUGGAAUAACCACAGGUGCUAAUAUAUGUUGUCCUGUUUGUUUGAAACAUAAUAAAGAAGCAUUUUAUUGCUCCCAAGAAUGUUUUGAAAAAAAUUAUAAUGAUCAUAAAAAUAUUCAUUACUUUAUAAAACUUACAAAUAAUGAUGAUUUACAUAAAAAAAAUAUAUACGAAAAUGAUAAGAGCCCAAUUAGUAAUAAUCCCAAUUUAUCUAUAAUAAUUUUAGACGAAGAAAUUGAAAAAGAUAAAUUAAAUGGAAAUACAAAACUAAACAAUUAUUUUUUAAAAAAAAAAAAAUCCGAUAGUAGCACUAUGGAUGGUGAAGGAAUGAACGUGAUAAUUGACGGCCUUAACAAUGAAAUGUUAAAUAUCGAAAAUAUUGGAAAAAAAAAUGAUAUGCAUAUUUUUCAAGAAAAUCAAAAUAAAGGAAAUGCAGUUUUUUUUACAAGGGAAACUAACUUAAAUAAUGUACAAAAUGAUGGGGAUAAUAUAGAGUAUAAUCAAAAUACCAAAAAUUUAAUGUUUGAAAAUUACCAAAGAAAAAAAAAUUAUCAUAAAUAUAAUAAUGUUAAAAAUUAUUAUUUAUUUGAUACUAUGGAUAAUAAAUCUAAAGAUCAAGAAAAUGAAAGUAUUAAUAAAACAAAAUUUAGUAAAAAUUUUUUUAAAAAUAAUAAAAUUUCAUCUUAUAUUAACACUAUUGCAGGUUAUAUAUAUUCAUAUAAAUAUAAUAUUAUAUUGCCAUAUUAUCAAGAUAUACAAAAUAAAGAUGAUAAAAUAAAUGUCAAAAAUAAUAAUAAAACCAGAGUUAAAUUAACUGACAAAAAAAUUAUGGAACUUAAAAAACAAUUCAAAACUAAAAAAAUAUUUAAAAUUGCGAUUUUACUUAUUCUUAUUUCUAUUAUAGUUAUUAUAUCUACUUGUGUCUUUUCAUAUAUAUUAGAAACAUCUCAAAAAAACAUUUUAAUGAAUUCUGAAAAUCGAUUAAAUCAAAAAAAUAAUACUAAUAAAGAUUCUGAAGUAGCUGAUUUGAAAUCAUAUAUAACUGCAUUUGAAGAAUUACGACAGGAAAUUUAUGAAAUGAAAGAAGUUCUAUAUGCUCACAAUAUACAAAUAAAUAAAAAUUUUCAUCUUAACAACUCAUAUAGUAUAUUUGAAAAUUUUAGUAAAAUAAAGCCAAUUACUCAAAUUCCACACAAUAAAAGAGUAGCAGAUAAAUUAAAUAGUUUAACUUCACACUCUUUUUAUGAUAAUAAUUUGAUUAAUUCAAACACGAUUUUUGAAAAUGAUACACCAAAUUCACAGAAUAAUAUUCACCCCCCAGCCCCGUUAGUACAACACCAAUAUGAAGUUAAUGCUAUUCACGAAUUAAAACAUACAAACAAUUAUAAAAUAAAUGUAGAUAAUAUUGAUGAAAAAAACAAUUCACUAAUACCCGAAGAAUUACAACCAUUUAAUGCACCUCAUAUACAAAAUGUCGGGAAUUUUGACGAAACUGAUAAAUCCCAAAAUUACACACAUACUAUUCACCUCGAAAAAGAAAAUGAACAAAAUAUUUCAGAUAAAGAAUCGAUGAAAACAAAUGAAUAUUCUAACCAAAUUGAUGAUAUAAAUAUAAAUGAAAGCCUACAAAAUAAACCUAAUAAUUUAUUAACAAAUCAGAAUAUUAAUACCGAAUAUGAACAAGCUACCGAAAUAAGGCCAAUUAUAAAUGAAGAAAACCCAACUACCAAAAAUUAUAUUGCACAAGAUAACACCUAUGUGAAUGAAAAUGAAAAUAUAAUACAUAAUCAUGAUAUAAAAGAAAAGCAUAAAAAAAAUUCAUUUCAAAUAGAUGAUAAUGAAAACCGUGAAAACAAUGAUAGGAAAAAUAAUAUUAAUAAACCAAAUAAAAAAAAGCAAAAUACGAUUUAA